AAAAAAAUUAUCAUAUCAUCAUCCACAUUCUUUAAGAAAACUAGUGGCUCUGGCCAUUCCAGUCCCAUAACCAUAGCCAACUCCAACUCCAGAGAGAAAGCUUGAAGUGUAAUGGUUAUUGAUGAGUUCAAUAGGGCAGAGUAUUUUGAUGGCUUUAACUGUGACAGUCAACAAAUAUGCCUCCUUAAAUGUCCAAGCAAUUCCCAGUAGAAGAGAAUCAACCUCACCUGCAACCUCUUCAAGAAGAACAAAUCCAAAAGCAAAAACACCAGUCAGUGAUAUAGAUAUAGGAAGAAGAGGGAUACUUGUAUCCACUGUAGCAGCUACUCCUCAAGUUAAGGAUUCAACCACUGAGUUUCUCAAAAAAUAUUUGAAGAAAUCGGAGGAAAACAAGGCAAAGAAUGACAAGGAGAGAUUGGACAGCUAUUACAAGCGGAAUUACAAAGAUUACUUUGAAUUUAUAGAAGGGUCUUUGAAAGCCAAGGAGGACCGGCAGCUCUCUGAAUCAGAGAAGGGUAUUCUUGAUUGGCUUAAGACUAACAAAUAAUUAACAUUGUCUUCCAAAUUUUUCUUUAGCUAGUUGUUAUUGCAAAUUUAUAAUAAAUUUAUGCAACUAUGUAUGAAGUUCAUAUAUAUGAGUAAGUAGAAAUUUUAUUUA